AUGGAUCUACUUUCGUCACUUACAUCCCUGGGGUUGUCUAAUUGUGCUUCAUUAAUGGAACUCUUUCCCCAAGAGAAUAUUCCCCCAAAUCUGUCUAUGCUGAAUGUCACAUAUUGCGGGAAACUAAAGCCCCUGGGGGAGUGGGGCCUACACAAACUCACCUCUCUUGAAUACUUCAGUUUUGGUGGAUGUCCAGAGCUGGUUUCCUUCACUAACAAUGCUGACGAAGAACACUGUGUGCUUCCUCCAUCUCUAAUUUAUUUGAUUUUGAGAGACCUGCCGAAUCUGGAAACCCUAUCAAAGGGCUUCCAAAGCCUCGCCUCUCUUCAACAUUUAGCCAUCGACAAAUGCCCGAAGCUUGAGGCGUUGCCUAUGCGAGACCACCUUAAAAAGCUUUUGAGCCUUCACAUUUCAGGCUGCCCACUUCUUAAGAAACGGUGUUUGAAGAACAAAGGAGACUACUGGUCCAUCAUUGCUGACAUUCUCGACGUCCAAAUUGAUUACCGUUCCAUCUAUGAUCCAUGUCCAUGA